AUGUUCGGCCCUUUACUGCGAAGAAGCAUUCUACAGGGAUCAGCAUCGCGUACUUGGAAUUGCCUAACUAAUUUUACUCAACUACUUUGGUGUAAACUGAAAUAUUUACGUGAAAUAAGGCCUAAACCGCUUGGAUACGAGUUUUGGUAUCCUUGUUAUGAUGCCGCGGACACGCAGGAAGCAUUACUCGUCGCAUUCGAGGUCACCCUC